CGACUUUGCUUGGUACCUCGAAAAGCGAACAAAUAUUACACCAUUUACUUGAGUAAUUCCACCAUGUCCUCUACAUUCCACAUUCGUCCAGCGAGCUUAGCAGCCAAGGACGAUGAACGCAUGCUGUCACAUUUCGACAGUCAGUUGAAAUGGCUGGAGUCCAUAGGAAGUGGCGGACAAUGGGGACCGAAUCCACGCAGCAACAACGAGGCGUUCCAAGAGAAGAUUCGCGGCAAAAUCCAACUGAGCGAAACCUGUAUGGAGAAACCAUUCAGUUCUAAGUGGGCGCGAGCAUACAUAUCGGAAGCCGAAGUGGACGCAGACUCACUCAGUGAAGAGCUGAAGCAACUUUCGGGGCCUCCGCUGGAAAAUGGGCGGGUGAGGGUGCCUGUUGCAUCGAUGAUACUGGACUCGAAAUCGGCAGAUUAUGUCCGCGAUGUGCUUCCCGAGGAAGAUAAGAAUGAUCCGUUCAUCUAUCUACUCGCCCUUUUCUCGGAUCGAAAGACCAGUUCCAUUGGCAAGGGUGCGGGCGCGGCGCUGAUCAAACAUGCCAAAGACGAGGCGAAGCGACUUGGUAUUCAUAGAAUUGAUGGCGAUUGUUACGCCGGCAAUGAUGGGAAGCUUUUGAAAUAUUACGAAAGUCAAGGAUUCAAGUCGGCUGGGGAGUUUGGGUCAGAACAAGGUUGGCCGGGUGUGGUAUUUGAGAUGAGAUUUUAGAGGGGAUGUUUUGUUCGUCGUAGCUUUUGUGUUUGUUGUUGGGAUUCACUCUAUAUACCUUGAGGAAGCCUCUGAAUGAAGUUAAGACGGGGUUCCAGAAC